UUGGGAUAAAGUUGUGAACUUUGUCGCAUGUUGAUGGGGUUGGAAUGCUUUUGCGGGAAACUAGGUAUGGAGUGUAAUUUGAGAGAGAAGAAAGCCCUUAAACCCCCCAUUGUUUGGCAGUUAUGUUGGACCAUGGAUGCCUUACCUUUGGAAUCUGGAAAGCAUUUCCUAUUUGGUCAUUUAUACGAGGAAGCUAUUUAUUGUUCUUUAGGAAUCAGAAUGAUGCUACUUUUGGCUACAACAAUCAUCUCAUAGACUUAUAUCAUCCCCAUCCCUGAUCCACAAAAACCCAACCUUUUUGGUUUCUCCCUACUUUAUUUCCUUUGCAAAAUUAGACACAUCAUUUCCCCCAAAUUUGAAUUUUGAUUACUCGGAAAGCUCAGUCCAGACAGAUCAGAGUUGAAUCACAUACAACGCGGUGAAGUAUUCAGCAAUGGAUUUGAAAGCUAAAUCUUGGGCUGGAAAUAUGUACAACAAAUUUGAAGAUCUGUGUUCAGAGGUAGAGCAAGUUAUGUCUCAGGACGCUGUUAAAUACGUUGAGAAUCAAGUCCAGACAGUUGGUGUGCGUGUUAAGAAGUUCUGUUCAGAGGUAAUGCAAGAUAUACGACCUGAAUCUUCUUCUAUACACUCUGUGAAAGAUGCUGCUGCUGAUUUUUCUCUGGAAAUUUGCGCUCACGAGGUGAUGGAGAAGAAGCCAAAAUCGAGCCUCAAAGAGCAUGCUCGAGGCAUUUAUGAGAAACUUAUGGAGGAUGCUCAAGUCAUCAAGAGUGGUGGGAAAAGCAAACAUGGAGGUGUCUAUAAGCGUCGUAAUGUUGGGGUAACAUCCAACUCUCUAGGCAUUGAUCCUCCGGUGAAGAUGGCUAGGACCUCGUCUCCUCCAUCGGGGAUGAGGAAUAGGACGCCCUUAGUCUGUGAAACGCAGGGAGGUUAUGGAAUAAUGGCCUCUAGAGAUAGAACAGAGAGAAUUUGUGAUCAUAUCUCAGAAAAAACAAAUAUACCCACAGUUGGCAAAGAUGUUGCAGCUUCAGAAAACAGAAUUUCGGAUGAAUUUUCUGAGCAGAAGCCUCAAGAUUCUGGAUUUACUCCCUCUUUUCGCUGCCUAUCAUCGAGAUCAUCAACUGGCACACGUAUGGAUGACGAUGAUGAUGCAAUUUCUCAGGCAGACUCGGGAACUAGUUCCAAUACGAUUGGCAACGAAGAACCUGUUGAUAGAGAACAAAACUUCGAGUCAGAUAAACGUAAGAAGACUGAUGGGGUUCAACAAGAAGUGGAAACAGUUGAGCAUAUUAAAGGGUCACAUUUGAUGGAAACUUGUGUCAUGGUUGGAGAGGACAAGGUUCAUGUUCCCCAGGAACCAGUCAAACAAAACUCGUACAAGAACAAGAUUUGGAGUGCAUUUUCAUCAAGAAGGAGAGAAUAUCAACAGCUUGCAGCACUAUAUGCAGAUCAGCCUUUAAACGCGGAGGCUGAAGAGAAGGCAAUCUCUGAUCUUAGAAUGAAGUCGAACGCUAAGCUAUCAGCUACCGAGUUUCCUGAUCCCGAGUGGGAGCUUCUCUAAAUCGAAUACUUAAUGUUGUAUCGCUUGUCAUACCUAAACUUGAGCUUUAUUGAAGAUUAAUACAGUUGCAUAGUACUAAAAAAAACUCAAAUUUCAUCUU